AUGAGAGAGUAACAACAUUUCUUAAUUUAGUUUGCAAUCAGAAUUGAGAACCUUAUAUAUCAAAUUAGGCAUUUUCUAUGUGUUUUUAAUAUUUGAUUUAAUUUGGUCAUCAUUUAUUGAACCAACUACCAUGAAUCAAAUAUCUUAAGACAAUAAAGAAGGAUAGACCUAAAUUUUAUGGAUGAGUUCAGUUCAUAUUAUUAUAACAGGAAUAAUAUUUGUAUUAUUUUGCACUUUGAUGUGGUAGACGUAGCCAUUAAAAUUAGGAAUGAUCAAACUAUUAAUACGGUAUUUGAUUUAUUAAUAUUUAGAGAUUUCAUGUAUGUCUUUUUAAUUAGUGGGUUUAUGCUUAUUAUAGUUGUUAUUGAAAGAGUAGCAAUAUUCAUUACUAAUACGAAAUCAAAUGCAGCUAUAUCUGAAGUAAUUUAAUCGAAUUGGUCCAGUUUUUUUUAUUAAUUAUUUUAUUUUAUCAGAUAUCUUUUAAGACCACUUUAUAUCUUUGUGAUGUUACAUGGAUCAUUGAAAAUAACCAAACCUUAUUAUCAUAUGAGAAACCCAGAACUAUUCAUAAAUUGA